UCCACCUCCCGGCUCCCAGCAGCCGGCCGCCUCUCUCCUCCUCUCCCCGGCUCUGCUCCGUCCCUGUGGCCUCGCUAGGCGUCGGAGCUUCCUACGUGACAACAAAAGUGCAGACUCUCUGUUCUCGACGGAGGGAUGGAUCCGCGCUUUCACCGCUAACGGAGGGAGAGAUUUACUCAUUUAUAAACACUGGAUUAGCCCUACUUGUUUGCGGCAUGAGCCAUGAGCCAAAGUCACCAUCGUUAGGAAUGAUCUCCACGGCGACCCGUACCACGGCGACGGUCAGCCCCCUCACCCCGUCGCCCCUCAACGGCUCCAUCGUAGCCAAUGGAAGCCCUGCCGCCCAGUCUGCACACUCUGGAUUUGCUGCAGCCCUACGUAAACUGGCAAAACAGGCCGAAGAACCCCGAGCUGCAUCCUCCAUCAGCAGUGAGUCCUCUCCAGUGUCCUCCCCAGCCACCAACCACAGCUCUCCAGUCAGCACGCCCAAGAGGGGUCCCCUUGGUCCAGGGCCUGUCCUGGUCCCCCCAGCCGGCCACAGCGUGCCAAACACUCCUCCUGUAGUCACCAUUGCUCCAACAAAGACCAGCAACGGCCUCUGGAGGAGCGAGGGACGCCAGGCUGACUCGGGGCCUCGUGGGGCCAGCAGGGAACGUCUGGGUGCAGAGGGGAACCACCCACAGGAAAAGGGUGGCCCCUCAGUCCCUGCCCACCUCCUGGGAAACCCCUAUGCCUUUGGUCUCACCCCCGGAGCGGUCAUGCAGGAUUCACGUUUCCAGCCCCUCAAUCUGCCCAGACAGAUGCCUAACGCAGUGCCCCCCGGUCAUGUACCAGAAGAGUACCUCCGUGGUUUCCGGCCCUAUGCCACGACUGAGGACGCCCUCCGCAUGCCCUCUUUGCCCUUGGGCCUGGACCCCGCGACUGCAGCCGCCGCAGCUGCCUACUACCACCCCAGCUACCUGCCCCACCCCUCUUUCACGCCAUACAGAGUUCUUUUUCGGAGUGACAACCCAGUGAUCAUACACAGAAAACACCAGCAGCAGAAAAUGAUGGAUGACCCAUUCUGUCUCUCUGCUUUGAGGUCACCUUUCUAUCAGCUGCCAGGAGGGGGAGCUCUCCCUCCCAUGCAUCCCUCUGCAGUUCACAUGCACCUUCAAGGAGUGCGUUACCCUGGAGACUUCACACACCCAUCUCUGUCGGCACUGCAGUCUGAGAGGCUUCAGCUGGAGGAUGAGCUACGGCAGAGAGAGAGGGAGCGGGAGCGGGAACGAGAACGCGAGAAAGAGAGAGAGCGCGAGGCGGAGCGAGAGAAAGAACGGGAGAGAGAGCGAGAAAGAGAGAGAGAGCGGGAAAAGGAGCUGGAGAGGGAGAGAGAACGGGAGAGAGAAAGAGAGCGGGAGAGAGAAAGGGAGAGGGAGAGAGAAAGAGAGAAGGAACUGGAGAGGCAGAAGGAGAGAGCGAUGAGGGAGAAGGAGCUGCAGGCCUCCAAGGCCAUGGAGAGCCACUACCUGGCCGAGCUCCACGCCAUGAGGGGGCAGGAGGACCGAACCAAGCCCGAGAGACUCACCCCUAACCGGGCUGAUAAAACCAAAGAGCCCGCCCCUCCAGGUCCCAAACCUGUCCCGCCAGGACUCCACCCUUCAAUGGUCCAAUCACAUCAUCCCAUCCCAGGUCUGAUCUCAGGCCACGGCCUCUUCAUGGGGGCCGGCGCUGUGGGCACGGCGCUCACAGCAUCAAUGUUAGCUCAGAGAGCCAAUGAGGAGGAGAGGUGGCUGGCACGGCAACGUAAGCUGCGGCAAGAGAAGGAGGACCGUCAGUACCAAGUGUCUGAAUUCCGCCAGCAGGUUCUGGAACAGCACCUGGACUUAGGACGGCCUGGAGAUGCACAAGAUCACAGGACAGAACCACACAGAUCCAUACCAAAUCACCAUGAACCAGGAAGCCGGGACCUCCACCCUCACUUAGGCGCUCCUCCCCCCCUCAUUUCCCCCAAACCUCCCCAGCCACCACGCGAGCACCACCCUCCCACCACCUUGUGGAACCCUGCAUCUCUUAUAGACACCGCCUCAGAGUCCAGACGUCACCACGAGCCCUCAGGGAUGGGACACUACGAGCUCAGUCGGCUGCCCCCCGGGCACUCAAAAUAUGAGGAUGGAGCACGAAGGAGAGAAGGGGGAGUGAUGGAGAAGUACCCCCCUCUGAGAGGCCCUCCGGGCCUGCCGGAACCCAGCACAUUUCUUGCUGAUCUGGAGAAAUCAACCCAGUCCUUUUUCAGCCAGCAGAGGGCGUCCCUGUCCCUGACCAGCCAGUAUGAAAUGGAGGGCGGGAUGAAGAGCAACGCUGGACUGAAGAGCCUCCAGGGACACCCGGGGCACAGUAGGCAUGGACAAGGGCUAGGAAUGGUACCCGGCUCAGGCAUGGGACAGGUAGCCAAUCUGGGGACGGGCCUGGAAACAAUGCUGAUCUAUGACGAAUACCUCCAGCAGCACCGGAGGCCUGUCAGCAAGUUAGACCUGGAGGAGAAGAGGAGAAGGGAGGCCAGGGAGAAAGGUUACUACUAUGAGCUGGACGACUCGUAUGAUGAGAGUGAUGAGGAGGAGGUGAGAGCCCAUCUCAGGAGAGUAGCAGAGCAGCCGCCGCUCAAACUGGAGGAAUCCACAGAGAAAUUAGACUUCUUGGGAGUGUUCGGCCUGACCACAGUGGGCCGGCGCGACGAGCUGGUGCAGCAGAAGAGAAGGAAAAGGAGGAGGAGGCUCAGGGAGCGCAGCCCAUCACCUUCUUGCUCACAACCCAAACGCACUCCUCCUCCUGCGCCCCAACUCAGCACACGCUUCACCCCGGAGGAAAUGGACCGAGCACCAGAGCUGGAGGACAAGAAGCGAUUCCUCACCACGUUCAGUCUGUCCCACGUCACUGGACAGCAGAGGAGAGAUAAUGAAAGGGUGGUGGAGCUCCUUCAGGCCAUUAAAGAAAAGAGUGUAACCUUGGAUACCAUUAGACAUGCCCCUCACCCGCUGUGUAAGAGCCCUCCACCACAGAUUUCUGAUCCUGCAUUCGCCCAGCCUCCCUCUGAAACGGAAGGCCAACACAGUGUCAGACCACAGAGCCCCUCCUCGUAUUGCCCAGCGUCCCCCAAUGGUCACCCAAAACCCCUUGGGGAGACAUUAAGACCAAAGGAACCCCCUUCUCCAGCUGUCUACCCUGACAAGGCCCGGGGGCCCAGUGAGGGACCGGUCUCUAAGAGGAGCUCCAGCCUGCUGAACAGCUUGCGGCCCCCACUCCCCCUGCAGGCUAAAGAGGGCCCUCACAGCGUCAACGGGCGCACUAAACCCUGGGACAGCUUCACCCCGGAGGAAUUUGCCCAGCAGUUCCACGAAUCUGUGCUUCAGUCCACUCAGAAGGCUCUGCAGAAACAUAAAGGUGGAGCCGCGGGGAUGUCGGAGUCGUCCCACCUGCAGGAGUCCUCGGUCCACUACAACAUUCCGGAGCUUCAGAGCGCUCCUGGACGGCCGCCGCAGCCGCACUCACAAUCCCACUCAAAUGCACAUCCAUUUCCCCAUCCGCUCUCACACGCUCACCCUCAGCCCAACGGGCAGCACUUCUCUGUGGGCCUGCACCGGGAGGCCUCGGGGACGAGGGAGGACCUGUCGGCUCCAGAGGAGUCUGAGGAGGACCAGGAGGAGGAGGAAGAGGAGGCUCCUGCUUCCAAGUGGCAGGGGAUUGAGUCGAUAUUCGAAGCUUAUCAGGAAUAUGUUGAAGAGCAAAGUUUGGAGCGACACGUGUUGCAGAGCCAGUGCCGAAGACUAGAAGCUCAGAACUACAACCUCAGUCUGACCGCUGAGCAGCUAUCUCAUAACAUGGGGGAGCUGAUGUCCCAGAGACAGAAGCUGGCAAUGGAAAGGGAGAAGCUACAAGCUGAGCUAGAGCACUUCAGGAAGUGUUUGACGCUGCCACAGACACACUGGCCGAGAGGCGGCCAUUACAAGGGCUACCCUCCCAGGUGACCCCGACCCGCCGCUCUGAUGGCCCCCAGCCAUCCCCCUUCAGACUGACACCCAGAGUUUAUUUUUCAUGGCCUGAUCCAGAUGGUUCCAAGGAGGAGAAUAAGACUGGCUGGAUAAGAUGAAUGAGUGAAUUGAGUGAAUGAAUGAAUGAAUGCACAGCAGACAGGACCAUACAGUGAAGGACGGCAGUCUUUGGAUUGUGGCCAGCCAGGGACUGUGCCACUACCGUGUGCCAAUGUAGCAAACCCAGAGAGCAUGGGCCAGGAGCACCUGAAGAUCAACCCAUAAUGCACCUGCUUGUCACACACUCUUCAGUCCCCUGCUGCUCUAUUGUUCAGUCCCUGCAUCCCUCGCCGCCACAGCUACACAGACAAUCCUGCCAAUAAGGGGGCAGCUGCCCCAGGAGGGGUGUCGUCGAGAGACUUGAACGCUCCAAAAGCUUAAGUCGGGACUGAUUUUAUCACAGUGGCCACAUGAGCUUUUGAACUGGAAAUGCACUUAAGAAUAAAAGCUGAAGAACUACCUGGUGGUACUGUGUUACAAAGAACUGUUGGAAUUAGGGAAGAACUUAGAAAAUGCACAUUUUUUGGAAAGAAUUAAGGAAAUGUUUAUUUCGAAAUAGAAAAUUUGAGAAUAAGAAUUCUAAAAGGUGCUUCAGCCUUGUAUUGUAUAUAAUAUGAAGACUUAAAAGAAUUUUGUAUGUUUUUAUUACUUUAAUCAUUGUUCUUUUAAAGAAAAAAGCCUGCCAUUUUUAUAUGUUUAUGCUUUUUUGGGUUGGAAAAGAAAGCCUUGCUUUUAGUGUUUGUACUGCUGCUGGCCAGAACAGCUCAUUUUGAGACAUGUAACAGAGUGAGAGAACAGGAUAUACUCCUCUGACUCUCUCCUGACCCAACCACAACCGCCCCCUCUGGCGUCAGAGCCCAGCAAAGCUUCCUCAGAGGUCCUGAGAAAUGGCAGCCACCUUCUCUCCUCUCCCUUCACAGCAACAUGUGUCAUUCUGUUUGUACGCCCAUCAUCCACUCCUCUGCUCAGCGUCACUGCUGCUGGCAGGACUAGUUAGCUUAUGAUGUUCUCCUACAGGAACCAGGUAAAACCCACAGCGAGUUUCUUUUUUUUUACUUUGGUCACUCGACAUACUUGAUUUUGUAAAGACAUGAAGAGUCUCGUAAGCAGCCAGCUGAUGAAACUGGUUAUUAUUGCUUUAUCCUACCGUUGGACCUUUCACUCCACUCUAUGACAUUAUAUUGCAUUAGACUCCACCAAUACGACGGUUUGCAUAAUGUUUGCCUUACAAGCCCUCAUCAGCAGCCAUGAGUACAUGGUGCCAACAUAUUAAAAACUGAAGCAUUUUGGAUUCUUAAUUUUAAUUUGCAAUAAGGUAGCCAAACAACAUUCCUCUUCCUCUGCUGAUAACCUUUGACCCCAUUCAUCUUCUUUCUGCACUCCCUCCUUUUAAGGACUCCCCCUAUCCAAAGUUGCCAACACGUUUUGAAAUAAAAGCCUUGAAAUCACACUAGAUUAAAACUUUAUUACAAAUAAAAUCUAAAGGUUUAAUUUACCUGUCCCCAUGUACAACCUACCCCAUAUUCAUCCCCGGAUUCAGCCAAAAGAGGUGCAUUGAUCAUUGUUUUGAAUUAAAACGCUGCACAAGCUAUUGUGGUGGGAAAGUUGGUGUUCAGAAGGGGGGAAUUCGAUACUUCAAAGCAAAUCUUAAUUUUAAAAUGUGCAAAAUAUCUAAUUUAUAAAGACAAAAGCACAGCCACCCCUACAUACAGCAUAUUAAAUACAAGUGCCUCAAGAAUUUUGGGAGCAUGUGAAUGAGUUGCAGUCCACAUGAUGUUAAUUCAACACCACUGAUCAGGGACUUUACAUUGAAGUGUCUACUGUACGUCUCACACCUUUCAAAUAUGUGCAUGCCAAGAACAAACACAGAAUCUAAACGCAUCUCCGAGAACCCAUUUAAUAAUGACAACUUUUAUAAAUGAGGCCCCAUGCCAUUUGAUAGGAUCAGGUGGAAACAGAAUGUAGUCUGUCAUUUUUACAGAGCAGAAGCGGCACGCUGAGGUGAGCUGCGAACGACCUGGGAGGAAGGAGCAGUACCACGAGCCUCCCCCAGCCUCCCCGUCUCCAGCCCACGCACGCCCAUGGAAUAGCCCCAUUACUCAGUGGAGGAUGUCUAGAUGCUGUGAAACUCUGUUUUUAAAAUGUACUUGUUUGAAUUCAUUGUAAUGUAAUAUAUUCUUUGUUGAAUGUAGUAAUUAGGUAUUUAUGAAUAUAUGGCUGUGAUUUCAGACAAAAAAGAAAUAAAAUAUUUCAAAAAUGUUAAA